AUGUCUAACGCCCCACGCCCUCCCCCAGCAGUGGUGGCGGCCUCGGCAGCUUCGACUAACCUGGCUAGACUGUUGGACCUGAGGGACCUCGGCAGACGGUAUGACUCCAGAGUGUUGAGGCAGUGGUUGAUGGAUCAAGAAAUUGAACAG